AUGAGUAACCUUGUUUGGCUUAUUAUGAAGUAUGGCAAAAUUAAACAUUUAUGGAAAACGGGGGAAAAGGUCAUGCUAGAGAACUUGAAAUUUAUUAACCUUAGAGGGUGUGAAUCCCUAAAAAAGUUUCCAGAUGUCUCAGGGACACCAAAUAUCGAAGGAUUGGAUUUGUCAAAUUGUAAUUAUUCUGUUGGGAGUUUGAAAAAGCUUGUUAAGUUGGACAUGACGACUUGCAAUAACCUCAAGCGUCUCCCAUCCAUGCUCCAGCUGAAAUCCAUGAAAACCCUUGGUCUUCUUAGGAAUGAGUUUCUUAAAAGAUUACCAAAAUUUUCGCCAUGUAUGGUCAGUCUAUCUAUGUUGGAAAUUAAGUAUUGUAAUAAGAUAGAAGAAGUGCCAUCAUCCAUAAACUACCUCUCAAACCUAAAGGAAUUAUACAUAGCUAGUUGCGAGAAACUCAAGUGUCUCCCAUCCAUGCUCGAGAUGGAAUCCUUGGAGGCCCUCAUUCUGUCUAAUUGUUCAUCUGUUAAGAAAAUUCCAGAUUUCUCGCCAUGUAUGGUCAAACUAUCUAAAUUAGUUAUUAGUGAUUGUCAUAAGAUAGAAGAAGUGUCAUCCUCCAUAAACCAUCUCUCUAACCUAAAGAUAUUGGACUUGAGUGAUAGCUAUGAACUCCAGGAUCUCCCAUACAUGCCUGACAUAAGAUCCUUGGAGACCCUCUUGCUGCGUAAUUGUCAUUUCAAAACUAUCCCAAUGCUCCCGCCAUGUAUAGACCCAUCUGAUGUAGAUAUGACAGGCUGUUAUAUGUUAGAAAGAGUGCCAACCUGGAUGAACACUCCAUAA